AGGAGAACUGACUUACCCUAAGUCGCCCUGCUGGUAAUGGCAGAGCUGAAAUUCGAAUUUAGAUCCAUCCAACUCUGGAUUACUCCGCUCCCGCCCCUCCCGUGAGCGAGGCCAGUAUUACGAGUAAACACGCAACGGCCAGAUCACCCCACCCCUGCAGGGGACAGGUGAUGCUGACAUUAGAGGACAAGGAUAUGAAGGGAUUCACCUGGGCCAUAGCCCCGGCCUUGACCUCCCUGGGCUACCUGCUCAUUCUGCUGGUGUCCGUCUUUCCCUUCUGGGUGCGGCUCAUGAACGAGGAGUCCCAUGAAGUGUUUUUCAGUGGCCUGUUUGAGAACUGCUUCCAUAUCAAAUGCUGGAAGCCUCGACCCUUAUCCAUUUACAUCCUCCUUGGCCGGGUUUUCCUGCUCUCUGCAGUCGUACUGUCUUUCCUCACCACCUUCAUCAUGGUGUCCUUUGCAUCUGAGCUCUUCCCAAGGACUCGGAAGUACAAUUUUGUGUCAGCCUUCAUCAGCUUCCUCACAGGUGCCAUGUGCCUCUCUCAAGAAAUAGCCUGCCCCAGCUGCCAUCUGUUGCCCAUUUCCCAGAAUAUUGAGGAGUCCCAGGGGAGCCUGAAGUUGGACAAGCUGGAGAGUUUGGGAGGAGAACUGAGCUCAGCACAAAAGGAGACACUAAUGAAGGAAGAAACAGUUAUCUAGCCCAGGAUGUCCUUCUACCCUCUUUGAGCAGGGUGAGUGCAUGUGUAGGUGUAUGUACCUCCCACUUCUCCGCCAGUGUCUGCUGCCUUUGAGGAGCUUCUUGAGUGUUGA